ACUCUCUCGGCCGCCGCCAUCUUGCAAGCUUGUCGUAUCGUCCGUGCGGGGAGCUGCUUUGACGCAGCACCGCUCACCUUCAGCGAGGCGGACUGGCAGCCCUGAGCGUCGCAGUCAUGCCGGCCGGACCCGUGCAGGCGGUGCCCCCGCCGCCGCUCGCGGCCACCGAGCCCAAACAGCCCACAGAAGAAGAAGCUUCUUCAAAGGAGGAUUCUACCCCCUCCAAGCCAGUGGUGGGAAUUAUUUAUCCUCCUCCAGAGGUCAGGAAUAUCGUUGACAAGACUGCCAGCUUUGUGGCCAGAAAUGGACCUGAAUUUGAAGCUAGGAUACGACAGAAUGAGAUCAACAAUCCCAAGUUUAACUUCUUGAACCCUAACGACCCUUACCAUGCCUACUACCGCCACAAGGUCAGCGAGUUCAAGGAGGGAAAGGCCCAGGAGCCAUCAGCCGCCAUCCCCAAGGUCAUGCAGCAGCAGCAGCAGGCCACCCAGCAGCAGCUGCCGCAGAAGGUCCAAGCCCAGGUGAUACAAGAGACCAUCGUGCCCAAAGAGCCCCCUCCUGAGUUUGAGUUCAUCGCAGACCCCCCCUCCAUCUCAGCCUUUGACCUGGACGUGGUGAAACUGACGGCUCAGUUUGUGGCCAGGAAUGGUCGCCAGUUUCUGACCCAACUGAUGCAGAAAGAGCAGCGCAACUACCAGUUUGACUUCCUCCGCCCGCAGCACAGCCUCUUCAACUACUUCACGAAGCUGGUGGAGCAGUACACCAAGAUCUUGAUUCCGCCUAAAGGCUUAUUUACAAAGCUCAAGAAAGAGGCUGAGAACCCCCGAGAAGUUUUGGACCAGGUGUGUUACCGGGUGGAGUGGGCCAAGUUCCAGGAGCGAGAGAGGAAGAAGGAAGAGGAGGAAAAGGAAAAGGAGCGAGUGGCCUAUGCGCAGAUCGACUGGCAUGAUUUUGUGGUAGUGGAAACAGUGGACUUCCAACCCAAUGAGCAAGGGAAUUUCCCUCCCCCCACCACCCCAGAGGAACUGGGGGCCCGAAUCCUCAUUCAGGAGCGCUACGAGAAGUUUGGGGAGAGUGAAGAGGUUGAGAUGGAGGUCGAGUCUGAUGAGGAGGACGAGAAACAGGAGAAGGCGGAGGAGCCUCCUUCCCAGUUGGACCAGGACACUCAAGUGCAAGACAUGGAUGAGGGUUCUGAUGAUGAAGAAGAAGGACAGAAAGUGCCCCCACCCCCAGAGACACCUAUGCCGCCGCCUCUGCCCCCAACUCCAGACCAGGUCAUUGUUCGGAAGGACUAUGACCCCAAAGCUUCCAAGCCCCUGCCUCCAGCCCCUGCUCCAGAUGAAUAUCUUGUGUCUCCUAUCACGGGGGAGAAGAUCCCUGCCAGCAAAAUGCAGGAACACAUGCGCAUCGGGCUUCUCGAUCCCCGCUGGCUAGAGCAACGAGACCGCUCCAUCCGUGAGAAGCAGAGCGAUGAUGAAGUGUAUGCACCAGGUCUGGAUAUUGAGAGCAGCUUGAAACAGUUGGCUGAGCGGCGUACUGACAUUUUCGGCGUAGAAGAGACAGCCAUCGGUAAGAAGAUCGGUGAGGAGGAAAUCCAGAAGCCAGAGGAAAAGGUGACCUGGGAUGGUCACUCAGGCAGCAUGGCUCGGACCCAGCAGGCUGCCCAGGCCAAUAUUACCCUCCAGGAGCAGAUCGAGGCCAUCCACAAGGCCAAGGGCCUGGUGCCAGAGGAUGACACCAAAGAGAAGAUUGGCCCCAGCAAACCCAACGAACUUCCCCAGCAGCCACCACCUCCGUCGUCAGCCACCAACAUUCCUAGCUCUGCCCCACCCAUUACCUCCGUGCCCCGGCCACCCGCGAUGCCACCUCCUGUUCGUACCACAGUUGUGUCUGCAGUACCUGUCAUGCCCCGCCCCCCGAUGGCGUCAGUGGUCCGACUACCCCCGGGCUCAGUGAUUGCCCCCAUGCCGCCCAUCAUUCACGCACCCAGGAUCAACGUGGUGCCCAUGCCUCCCUCGGCCCCUCCUAUCAUGGCACCCCGCCCACCCCCCAUGAUUGUGCCAACAGCAUUUGUGCCUGCGCCGCCUGUGGCACCUGUCCCGGCUCCAGCGCCGAUGCCCCCUGUCCACCCUCCGCCUCCCAUGGAGGAUGAGCCCGCCUCCAAGAAACUGAAGACAGAGGACAGCCUUGUGCCUGAAGAGGAGUUCCUACGCAGAAACAAGGGUCCAGUGUCCAUCAAAGUCCAAGUGCCCAACAUGCAGGAUAAGACUGAAUGGAAACUGAACGGCCAAGUGCUGGUCUUCACGCUCCCGCUCACAGACCAGGUCUCCGUCAUCAAGGUGAAGAUUCACGAAGCCACGGGUAUGCCUGCAGGGAAACAGAAGCUGCAGUAUGAGGGCAUUUUCAUCAAGGAUUCCAACUCGCUGGCUUACUACAACAUGGCCAAUGGUGCCAUCAUUCACCUGGCCCUCAAGGAGAGAGGCGGGCGGAAGAAGUAGAGAAGAGAAUCCUGCUGUCAGGUCUCAGCCACUGCCGUUUUUGCCUCUCCUGUCUCCCACUGUUCCACCCUCUGCUCCUGUCCCAGGAGACCCUGCCUUGUACGUUUGUUUCCCUCUUAACUAAAUUUGGAAAUUCAAAUUGUCCUGCCAAGUUUUCUUCCCCCCACCCCCUCUCCACAUUGAUAAGGGAGAGCUUUCUAAGCCAGUCUCCUCCCCAGUGGUCUCUGGAAUCCAUUUGUGUUUGAGUCUUGAUUUGAGGGGAUUCAUUUCUUUAGGUAGUGCAUUAGGAGAUGUGAACCCAGAAAUGUCCUACGGGGUAGUCAUAGUACCAAGUGGCACCUGGCUGAUAGAAUAUGGUUGUUCUCAUUAUUAAUCAUUUUAUAUGUUGCUGUGGGUUGUCUAAUAAACCUCUUAUAUCCUUCUUGUGAAAA